AUCCAAAUAGUGAUAACGAGCAAAGAAAAAGAGACAAAAAAUUGAUUACCGGGAUUAUUGCUGACCAACAACCCUUUACCAUCGUUAAGAAUCAACAUUUUAACGAAUUUAUCCGUUUAAUUAAUCCUCGGUAUAUAGUUCCAACACGACAAGCUGCAAAAACAAUGAUCAUUGAUGAAUUUGAAGUUAGGCGAAGUAGAGUGGUUAAUGAUCUU